AUGCCUUUUAAACUUUCCCCUUUCCUUUGGAUAUUUUUAUUUAUUCAAUUAUUUAUUCACAAUGUUAACUUAUCACCUAUAGAUCCAAGAAGAAGAAUAAGUAGACAAAAUAAAAUUAAUUCAAAUAAUGAAAGAAGAUUAAAUUUAAAUAGGAUAGAGAAUUUAAAUGAAUUGGAACACAAUAAUAUUUCUCCACCACAUUGUACAAGAGCAACUGUAACCUUUACACAAGGAUCUAAAUUAACAAAAAGACAAGCAAAUUCCUCAUCAGCUUCUAUACGUUCACCUACAUAUUCCACACAACUUUCUUUAAAUGUUGGUAUUGGUCAAAGUGUUUGUUUUACUGUUGGUAUUCCUCAACCUGUUAGUGCUGACUUGCAAAUGAAGGAAAAUAAAAAAGAAGAAAUCAAAAAGGAUGAGGAAGAGGAGGAAAAUGAAGAAGAACAACAAGUUAUUACUCAACAAAAAUCAAAUUAUUCUUUUAUUGUUUCCUUGGCUACAAGGAGAAGGGGAAAUAUUAAAAAUUUAAAUGAAAAGUUAACAACACCACCAAAAAUUGAAAUUGAAGAAUCAAACGAAAUUGAAGAAAAUAUUUUGCAUUCUAUAACUGUUUUGGGGCUUGAACAGUAUCAUGCAAUUACAGAAAGAUAUCGUUUUGCCAUUCCCGAGAUGGAAACUCGGUGUAUUUGUGAAUGUGAGUCUGGAAGUGCAAAUUGUGCAGCUGCUCACUACAAAUAUGGGCAAUGUUCGGAUGAUGAGAUAGAAAAAGACAAAGGAGGAGAAAGUGGGGGAGAUUAUGAGCAAAUAGAAAAUUGGGCCUACAAAAGAGAAGGAAAUAAUAAAGAAACAUCGCCAUCAGUCUGUCAUCGAACAUUUUUUGCCAAUCAGCCAACAGGAGAGCAUUGUUCUCGUCAUGAACAAUAUUCUUCUAAUGCAAGGCUGUGUUGCCAGUUGAGAUUUAGAGCUUUUCGGGACAGAAAAUUUGUUGCUCUAAAAUUAGAAAAUGCUGUUAGUUCUGUUCUGCUACAAUAUUCACAAUGGAGUUGGAAGGAGAAUAAUGAGAAAAAAUUAAAAGGUCAUUGGGAGGAAUUGGAGAAAAGAAAAAUUCGAAUUCAAUUAGAUGGAGCCAUUCACAAUACAAUUUUGAGUGAAAUUUCUGGCUUAAAAUUGUCGGUUUUGGGUCUGGCUGGAGCUAAAUCGGCAGGUGUACAACUUGAUGCUGGCGUUUAUUUUGCAGAAAUCGGAUCUGAUGGAACGAUUGGAGAGUUGAUUGGGCAAAUGCCUGUAAAUAGAAUAACAGAACAUGAGUAUGUUUUUAAAUAUAUUUAUAGUGUGUAUGGCAAGGAUCAGCCUUGCUACCUCUUAAAAUCCUUAGGGGCCAUCUCUAAAGCGGUAGGUUUCCAUAAAUUGGGAUGGCUUCGAUUAGAUGAAAGAAAUAAACCGUUCGUACAAGCUGGCGAAGUGUUCAUAGAUAAAAUUCAUCACGCUCGUGCUGAAGAUUGUGCCACACAGAGAUAUCGUUCUGUACUUGAUGCUAGCUAUUAUAUUAAUGCUGACAAUAAUGCAACUACACAAUUCAAAAUUCCAGAAACUUUAAACAAAGUUAAUAAAUGGAUUCGUUCUGCUCGAGUAUUAGAUUCCAAUCAAAGAAUAGCUUUAGUUCGUGUCAGUGAAGGAUUAUCUUUAGAAUUAACACUUUCAGCACAAAAAGAAUUUUUGAAAGAAUCAGAAAAUCAGAAACAAAGGCUAAUAACUUUUGUUCAUAAUUCUUCGAAAUUGGGAGAUUUUACUGCUUUAUUAAUUGUUGACAAAUUUUCUAAUUCAUUGCUUAAUUUAACAUUAUUUAAUGCUAGUGGUGUUUUAAAUGGAUAUGUUAGACCUUUAAAUGAUUUAUAUGGAAAUACGGAAAUUGAUGGAUUUAGUGUAAAUGUACCUAAUAUUGAAGAAAAUAUUAAAAAUAAUAAUAAAAUAUGGAUGCCAAUAUCUGUUCAAACAAGAAUUAAACCAUAUCCUUUGGGAAGUAUUCAUCUAGUUUGUUUAAGACCAGACGAUGGCGAAUUAUCAAGAGAAUUGUGUCGCCCAGUCCAAUCAGUUUAUUAUGAAUUAGAACAAAACACAAUGCAAAAUGAAUGGAAUGAGGCUAUUGGGGCAUGUAAACAAUGCAAUAAAAUAUCAGCUGAAGGAUUUGCAAGAUAUUUAAAUCCUGCUAAUUGGGUUAAAGGAAUUGGAUCUGUUAGUGAAGCUUUAAUGCUUGCUUCUGAUAUUCUUGGCUAUUUAAUUGUUAUUUUGGUUAGUUUUUGA